AUGGCACAACUGCAGCAACAAAUCGUUCAAGUGGAUGAGGAAACACCUGCCCUGAUAAUCGAUACCUACGUCGACCAGUACGGGCAUCUGCUCACAGAUGUACGCGGUGUGUGUGUGGGCCAGACCACGCAUAUAUUGCCCCAGUGGACAUUAGCAGAAGAGUGCGUAGCAUCUGGAUGGGCCUACACCAUGCCGCUCCACAUCCUGCCUGAUCGCGUUGGGCUGGCAUUCAAAGAGGAGCAGAAUUUGUGCUUGGGGACUCGAAAUGGAAGAAAGACCAUUCCAAGGUACACAGUUAUUUUAAUCACCCCCUCCCCCAGAAACUUCUCAUCUUCAUUGUUGUUUUUAGCCAAAAUAUUAUAAGAAGAGUAAUCCACAUUCCUCUAAUUAAUAACAGACUGCGUCUUUUUUAGCCCCCCACUUAUGCAGGAGACUGCAUCACGAGCAGCCAAACAGGGAGGGUAG